AUGCCUCAUCCUUGCCAGAUGGUGAUUGAUGCCUUCAGUGACAAAGCUACCGCUGCCUUGUCCUGCCAGAAGCUACAUGGUUUUCUUGAAGAAGCCCUCACAGCCCAGGGACAACGUCUUGUAUCCGCUUCAAAGCCAGAUUUGGACAGAUUGACAUCACCUGGUCAACAUUUGAGUUGCGCCGUUCCUCUCACAGACAUCAUGGUUGGCCUUCCAACAGAUGGACUUCCUUGCAUAAACGACUGGUUGACAACAGUGCUGUCGUUUUUGUUCAGCGGUUCACGCCUACAUCGGGAACCUUUGGAUGUGUAUGUGCUGUCAGAUCCAGAUGAUGGAGACGGUCCACGACUUGGCAUCAAAAAGGGUUUCACAAGGCUGAGUGCAGUACUCUUCCUAGGGCUUCUGGUGUCUGACCUUGAGCCAAUUGCUGGGAAGGACCUUAUCCUGCCAGUCUUGCCAGCGAUUUGUGAGCUGUUUUCCCUUCCAAGCUCAAUAUCAGCAUUCCAGAAUGCAGAAGCAAUCUCAUUUGAUGCUAUGCAAUUGAGCACGCAAGGUGCUGAACGCCAGCGGAAGGACGUGAUGAAAAUGGCCAUGCGUUUUGAAGCACUCCUGCUUGAGAAGAAAGCCUCUGGGUCAGCCAGUGACAAGUCCGACCGUGAUCUGAUCCAGGAGGCAAGUGCGCGUUACAACGAUCAUCAGGCGAAUUCCGCCAUCAAACGGUGGCAACUGAACGCGGACGUUACCACGGCCAUCAUUGGAGUGGUUUGUGGUAUGUCGGCGGAAUGCCGGCAGAUUGUGAAUGAGCGCAGCCAAGCCGUCCAUUUCCGCAAGUACAACUACUGGUGGGCCACGAAUUGUCGCCGCAUGAAGAAGUCCAUGCGCUCGCGUUUGCGGUGGAACGAGGAAACAUGGACGAAGAACGUUACAGAGGAGAUGAUUGGCAAGUUGACCACGACUUUCAUGAAUGGGCCCCUCGAGGACUACACCCAAGAUCUAGAUGCUUUGUUGAUGUCAAAGCCGAACAAUGUCACAGUCGAGAUGGUGGCCAUGUGGCAGGACCAUGUUGGGAGGAUCCUUGCCAAGAAUAGCACCGUGUCAGGAUCCACUGCAGAUACCCCAAUUGAAGUUGAAGAAGCUGAAGAGGCUCAGCUGGACAUACACACUGAAAACUUUCGAGAAGCAGAGUACAAGAUGACGAUUGCCAACUUGAGUCAUGAUUUCAAGGAAGCGGUCCACUACAACCUCAGAAAAAACAAGAUUGAAAGCAACCGUCAUGUUGCGGAGGCCUUGGUGUUUCAAAAGUGUUUUGUUGAAAUUGAUAUUUUGUUAAAGUUCAAGACAACGCAAGCCCCAUUCAAGGUCCUACAUUUGCGGGACCAGCUUACACAGGGCCUGGUCAUUGCAGACAAGUUGAUGGAGAAGCGGGCCAUGGUCCUCUGCACUGACAAAGGCCAACGUGAUUCAUUGUCUGCUUUGCUGCGACGGAUGCACCAGGAUUGCGGUUUUGAUUCCGUGGACACUGAGAAGGUCCAUCACAUCGGCUUCUGUGACCUCUCGAAGUGGGGCCGACUAUCAGUACCAGAAGUCGAUGAAGUGGCAUCCUGGGCACUUCGAACCCUCAACCAAAACCCUGAGUACAGCAACUUGGACAAAGAGGUUGCCUUGGACCUCAUGAAGGAACUGCAGCAGGAGGUCUAUCUGGGGUUCUAUUCGGAGACUAGCAACCCAACAUUGGCUCAAUAUGUUGUGGAGCAGGUCAAAGACAAGUUGAUUGAGGAGUGGAAGGCGGGUCAGGGACUUAUGGGCCAACAGCAGCAGAAGUUUCAAGCAAGCGCUGAUUUGAGCGAGUACUCCAAGCCUCGUGAACCAGUGUUGAAGUUGUGCACCAUGAGCAACGGACAUCUUGCGCUACCAAAAGAUGUCCGUGAAAGAUGGCUCAACUGUCCAGUACGCAAUCCUGAUUGGCGGCAACGAUUGAAGAACUUUGACGCUGUCUUUGCACCAGUGGCGAAUACGCAAGAACCAGCGCAGGCACCAGCGGUCACGGUGAAUACAAAUCCAGAUUUGGAGAAGCAGACAGUUCCGACUUCAGAGACACUGUGUGAUGCCCCGCCAUCAUUGACCGCAGAGGAAUUUCAGACCAAGCAUCCCACACUGGUUGCAACGGUGACAUUGAAUGUGGGAGCGAAUUUGACUUGUUGCCUGGCAGAGGACAAGGUCUACAUCAUGUCCGGGGCCAAGAUCACACUUCCUGGGCUGAAGUCCCAGAACCCACGACCUCUUUUCCUUUAUGCAGGAGGAUCUUGGAUAUCAGAGAGCGGGAAGGCGAAGGAAUUCCUUACGAAGGCAGGGAACGAGAACAAGGCCAUCGAGUUUCGGCUGGAGUCACAAGAUGACAUUGUAGUUUGGGAGGAAACUACGGCAAAAGGUGUGAGUGACUCAUCACCGAUGACUCUCUAUGAGUUACUCUUUACCAUUGAGAAGCGUGGCACACUACAAUACACCAUCACUGGACACAAGGCGGAAAGACCACCCGCCGUGCAGCGAGGUGAAGAGACUGACAGGUGGGAUUGGAAAUUGUGA